AUGACUUAAUCGGCAAAUAAGCCAUUCUCUAGUAUCCUCAUGACAAUAAAUAUUGAAAUAUUGGGAGAUUUUCUGUUGCCCAAAGAAGAACUUGGAGGUAAAUUACUUAUGAUAGAGUAUCAAUCAUAAUACAUCAUCAAUAUCCCAAUGGUUAUGAGAAAUGGUUCAGUUUAUAGAAGAGCCAUCUAUGUUUUAAGUGUUGCGAUCAAGGUGAAAAAAGAAUAAUUCUCAAAAAAUCAAGACGCCUACUUUGAGAUCGUAAGGAAAUUGGCAUAUGUGAUAUCAUAACUUGAAGUCAAUAGGAAUUACAUCUAUCGAAACGAUGAAAAUAAGGAGGAAAUACACACCCUAAUUAAACAAAUAUAUUAGGACAUUAAUAUAAGCGCAGAACAUGAAAGCUUUGUAGAAUUUGAUGAUUCACAAUACAUGUUCUUGAGAUUACCAUAAUAACCAUUGCCUCCACAAAAUAUCAUUAUUAAAUAUAGUCAAGUGCCAUUCCCAAUAGUUAAUAUAAAGCAAGGAGUCUAAACAGCAUUCAAUCCGAUAUUAGAAAAAUUGAUACCUGAAAUUAAUGGCAUUAAUUGUGUGGGAGCAAUCUGCCAAAAAUUGAAAGAAUUUAAGGCCGAAUAAAUAAAGACUGCGAUUAAGGAGAUGAUCGAAUACAAUUUAGUUCGUUUAGUGGAUAUGAUAAAGAUCACAAACAUGUAUGUAAUUAAUGAGAACUUCUUUACUCAUGAUUUUAAGUAGGAGGACAUUCUCUAAAUAGUCAAUACGACACAUGAAGCGUUUUUGUUGAAAUUUGGAUAGGCAUUAGAUUUUGAAUUGCUUAAACAAUAUUUGCAGACCCUUUACAUUGAAAUGAAAAGAGGACUUAUUCUUAAAGAUUACAUUGAAAAUAAUAAGCCCUCUUUAGAAUUUAUUUCUUUAACCAAAUUGAUUAGGUAUGGAUAGUUGAACAAUUUUUUGAAUCGAGUUCAUGAAUAUUUUUUUAUUUGUGCAAGUCAGAUAUAGAAAGCGUAGAAUUUGGAGAACAUUUUUUUAGUUGCCCCAUCUAAUUAUAUUAAGAUGAGUGAACGAUUUAAUGAGGAAGAUAAAAAUUCAAAAGAGCAAUAAGAGUAAUAGAUGGAAUGCUCAUUAGAGUAUUCGAAAAGAUUUGAGAAGGGGAUUGAAGGCUAAUUCAUAGGGUAGAAACUAAAGGAUGAUGAGAAACUGAAAGAUGCAAAUGAAACAAUUAAGAAUAUGAUUUUCAAUUAGGAAACUUUGGAUGAAAUUUGUUUAGUUUUUAAUUUGGAUUUAGAAUAAUGUCACUAAUUAGUUGAGUCAAAAGAGUAUGUUAUUAUACACAAAUGA